GGAUAUCUGAGCUAAAAUUAUAUGACUGCGCCACAUCAAAAACUUUUUAUAUUAUUUAUGGAGUUCAACAUUUCCUGAUUAUAGCUUCUUCGGUCAAGUUAAUCCAGCCUUUUAUUCUUCUGUGCCAGCAUCAGAAUUCUUUCAUUCCAUUUUGUUUGUUCACCUUAUCGCAGUCUUUAUGCACAGCUGUCUCUAUCUCUGAUCCAUUUUUAAACAGCUGGAUUAUAGAAUUUAACCGAUUACAAAAUGACACCCAAAAAAACAGUCGUCGUCGUCGGCGCUUCGUGGGCCGGGAUCAAAACAACACACGCCAUCCUGAAGAACAUUUCAGAUGUGAAAGUCAUCCUGGUCAACCCUUCAUCGAAGCAUUUUUUCAACAUCGCCGCUCCCCGCAUCCUAGCAAAACCAGAUGCAUUCAAACCGGACCAGUAUAUUUUCGACAUUCCGGAAUUGUUCCAAAAGUACAAUAGGAAACUCGUCUCGUUUGUCCAAGGCGUUGCAAGCUCAAUAGACGUGAAUCAGAAGACUGUAACUGUCACCGUCGCUGACGUUGACAACAAGGAACAUGGGGAAUCGAUCAUUUCUUACGAUUAUCUCGUUAUAGCGUCUGGCAGCACUACCUGGGCAACGAGGGGCCAAUCCAGUGUUCUUGCACCGUUUAAAACGACCGGAUCAGAUGCUAUGCAGACUACCAUCGAACAAGCACAGAAGGCUAUAUCAGAAGCUAAAACAGUAGUGGUUGGAGGAGCCGGCGCUGUCGGGGUCGAAUUUUGUGGAGAGCUAGCGGAAGCAUUCCAUGGCAAAAAGGACAAAUCCAUCACACUCCUGACAAGGACAGAUCGGAUUCUACCUACCUUGAAGCCUACAGCAAGCAAGAAAGCUCAUAAAAUCCUCUCCGGCAUGGGCGUCAAUAUUCGCACAUCCACUGCUGUCAGCAGCGCUUCCCAAGAUCCAUCCUCUAAAAAGUGGACAGUAACAUUGGAGGGAGGCGAAACCAUCACUGCGGACGUAUAUAUCUCAACCACUGGCGUCGUUCCCAAUAGCGACUUUGUCCCCGCCGACCUAAAAGACAACGAUGGCUGGGUAUCAGUCGAUGCGGAAUUCCGCGUAAAGAGAAAGAAUGGAACAGCUAAAGAGAAAUUACCAAUUUACGCGGUUGGCGAUAUCACUACCCACACGCCUCGCAUGUUGUUGAAAGUUGAUGGCCAAGUCUCUGUGCUGGUCGCCAAUCUCCACGCUGACAUAGAGAAAUUGAAGGGGAAAAGGUCCCAAUAUUCAGAGAGUGAUAAAACCAUCAUGCUUGUGCCGAUUGGGUCACGGUCGGGUACAGGCCAGAUUUGGUUCUUUGUUGUAUGGGGAUGGCUUGUCGCGCUCCUAAAAGGAAGAGACUAUUUCCUCUCUCGGGCUGACUCCGAACUUAUGUGAUGGUUGCGGAGAAGUCGACUGUUGUUUUUUCUCCUUAUAUGUCCUUGUAAUAAUAUGUGUACUGUGGGAAAUCUUCCUUUCAACUUCUAUUUUCAGUUCUAUCAACAAUGGCAGUUUAGAUGGUUCUUGUGGUGCGGGGCUUGCUUUGUUUUUUCUCUCUAAUAUACAUCUUUAUUCCCCUUGUUCAAUAAUCGUUCUGUGUAGUACACCUUACAUUAUUUUAUUUUAAUUUAAUUUUAGUUUCACAAUUUAUAC